UCAAUUAUAUUAUUUUCCUUCCCACCAUUCUUUCUAUAAAUACAGCCACCACCCUCCACAUCUUUCCCAAACACACAAAACUAUUUCUUCACAUUCCAAACAUUCAUCAUGGAACGCAUCAUUUUGUCACUCUUCUCAUUUUAUCUAUUGCUAUCAAGGGUGACUUCAACAACAUUCACUCUAGUUAACAAAUGUGAUUACACGGUGUGGCCGGGGAUACUCUCAAACGCGGGUGUUCCACCUCUUUCAACCACCGGCUUUGUUCUACAAACAGGCGCGUCCUCCACAAUCGCCGCACCCGCGUCUUGGGGAGGUCGUUUCUGGGGCCGAACCCUCUGCUCCGAAGAUUCCACAGGCAAGUUCUCCUGCGUCACCGGCGACUGUGGCUCCGGCAAGCUCGAAUGUGCCGGCAGUGGCGCCACUCCGCCGGCUACACUGGCGGAAUUCACUCUCGACGGUGCCGGAGGCCUUGAUUUCUUCGACGUAAGCCUUGUGGACGGCUACAACGUGCCGAUGCUGGUCGUGCCGCAGGGAGGCUCCGGCGAGAAGUGCAUCGCCACGGGGUGCGUAGGGGACCUCAACAGCGCGUGUCCGUCGGAGCUGAAGGUGAUGAGCGCGGACGGAAAGGAGGGCGUUGCGUGCAAGAGCGCGUGCGAAGCCUUCAACUCGCCGCAGUAUUGCUGCAGCGGUGCAUACGGCACACCCGACACGUGCAAGCCUUCCUCUUACUCUGAGAUAUUCAAGAACGCGUGCCCACGUGCUUAUAGCUACGCGUACGACGACAAAACCAGCACCUUCACUUGCGCCUCCGCCGAUUACACCAUCACCUUUUGCCCUUCCCCUACCACCAGCCAAAAAGCAUCCCAGGAACAACAAGAUGGUUCAUCCACCACGCCACUGCUUAACAACGGCACAAUGGUGUACGUCGGUGCUUUCGAUCAGAGUGAAAUCUCGUGGGCCACGCGCAUCCACGUGUUUCAAUCGCGAGCCGUUGCCGGCAUCGUCGGUGUCACGAUGGCUAUGUGGCGGUUCAGCCAGCUCUUCUAACUACUAAUAGUUCUUCAGCAUUAUUUUUCACACGGUUGGGCCCAUGGGCUCGCACAAGUCCGCGUUCAUUGCCCCCAAAGGAGUGGGCCCAAGCUUGACUUAUAGUUAUUAUCUGGCACACCAAGAACGAGAACCAUGUGACCUGUACACGACGGAGCUGACGGGGAUGUGAGUCAUUACAGGCCGAAAGAUCAUACGAAUCUUGUCCACCAUAGUUUUGUGUGCCAGAAUGCAUACUAUCACUCUACUAUAUAUAUACAUGUAGCAAAAUAGGUAACACCGUAGUAUUAAGGGAAUUUUCCAUUAUUAAUUUAUUUUUGUAGUUUAGAUUAUCAUUAGGAAUACUAUUAUUGAAUUCUUUAUUGGUUGGGGUGUAAUAUUUAAUUACAAUAAAGAAAUGGAUUAGUGUAUUUUCUAA